AUGGAGAUUGUGAUAAUCAAGAAAAUUAUAAAGCUGCUAAAGUUCAAGAAAGCUGUAGAGAGAAAAAUAAGACUGAAAAUAAAAAUGAAUGUGUUAACAAGACUGACGAUGACGAAGAAGCACCUAAAGAGAAAAAAAAAGAAACUGAAACAAUAUAAGACUGACAAACUUCCUGAAAAUACUGAUGAGAACCAAAUAGAACAAAACAAGGCCGAUGAUGACGAAGAAGCACCUAAAGAGAAAACAAUGAAAUUGAAAGAAUAUAAGACUAACAAACUCCCUAAAAAUACUGAUGAGAAUCUUAUGGAACAAAACAAGACUGAUGAUGACGAAGAAGGAAAUAAAGAAAAAAAAAUGAAACUGAAACAAUAUAAGACUGACUCUGAAAAUACUGAUGAUAACCAAAUAGAACAAAACAAGACUGAUGAUGACGAAAAAUAUAGCUUAAAUGAUACAGUACUUGUAAGAUACUUUAAUAGAAAGAAAUGGACUUACUACAUUGGAUUCAUUGAGAAUAUGAAACAGAAAGACGACGAAACCUACUAUACUAUCAACUUUUUAAGAACAGUUAAGAAGCCAAGUCUUAAAUUUGUACAAACGAAGAAACGAGAUUAUGAUGAAAUUACAGAAUUACAAAUUGUAAAAAAAGUAAUAUUAGAGAAAAGCUAUGACAAUGAUAAAGAAUUCAUGUUGUUCAAUGAUGACAGCCAAAUGUUUAUAGACUAA